AGGCCGCGCUUCCGCCAUGACGAAGGCGCCGCCAUUUUGACGACGGGCAGAGUUGGCCUGGGCAGGAAGAACGUGGUUUUAUUAUACCUUUCCAAGAGGACAGACUCCCUCACACCCCUGACCACCUCUGCGCCAGAAAUGGCCAAUGUGCUCUGUAACAGAGCCAGGCUGGUCACCUACCUCCCAGGAUUUUACUCUUUGGUCAGAAGGAUUGCAAAUCCCAAAACUUUUUCUACCGCUGGAUCUUCAGGUUCAGAUGAGUCUCAUGUAGCCACUGCACCUCCUGACAUAUGUUCGAGAACCGUAUGGCCUGAUGAAAUGAUGGGUCCCUUUGGACCCCAGGAUCAGAGAUUCCAGCUCCCGGGGAACAUAGGGUUUGAUUGCCACCUGAACGGAACGGCUACUCCGAGGAAAACUCCGGCCCAUAAAAUCUUGCCCGAUGUUCUAGCGGAACCCUUGUCGAACGAGAGGCACGAGUUUGUGAUGGCACAGUGCGUAAUCGAAUUUCAGGGUAGCGAAACGCCUCUUCAGCUACAGGAAAUUAACAGUGCUGAAACGUAUUUUGAGAACGCCAAAGUAGAAUGUGCAAUACAAACAUGCCCAGAGCUACUGAGACGAGAUUUUGAAGCCAUGUUCCCAGAGGCAGCGACCAAUAAGCUAAUGGUACUCACGGUAACUCAGAAAACCAAGAACGACAUGACGACUUGGAGCGAAGAGGUGGAGAGUGAGAGGGAGAUGCUGUUGGAAAAGUUCAUAAAUGGUGCCAAGGAAAUUUGCUACGCACUUCGUACUGAAGGCUAUUGGGCCGACUUCAUCGAUCCAUCUUCUGGCUUGGCGUUCUUCGGACCGUACACCAACACCACCCUCUUCGAGACGGACGAGCGUUACCGGCACCUGGGGUUCUCCGUCGACGACCUCGGCUGCUGCAAAGUGAUCCGCCACAGCCUCUGGGGGACCCACGUGCUCGUCGGCAGCAUCUUCACCAACGCGGCCCCCGACAGCCAGGUCGUGAAGAAGCUGAGCGGGAAGUAGCCACGCCCCUCGGGAUGGAGAAGGCCGCCGGCUGCCUCGUCUGUACUUGACAAUUUAUCUAUAAACCCUGUCGAGAGACUGCAGUUUUUAAAAUGCUCAUUUAUACGGGGGGGAGGCGGGGGAAGACGUGUUAUUUGUCUGUCUCUGGAUUACACCUUCACCGGUUGCUUGGCAUCGUCUCGGUAGGUGACGGCUGUCGUACGUGGGGAAGACACUAGGAGAAUGCGGCGAUUAACACGCGGUUAAUCGAUGAUCCUGUCAUUUGUCUUUACGAUUGGGUUGGGGAUCUUUUCUGUAUUUUGGAAGAUUUUUAGGAACACUCUGUCCUUCUAAAAAUUCACCCACCGUUCAGCUGUGACAACUGUUUUGUCCCUGGCACCUCUCUGGUAGAUGCUAAGGAAACUCAACCCGAUCAGAUUGCACAGACCUUUAUAGAUCCGAGUUGAGCUUUCAGUUUGACGUCUUCCCAGUCCAACGUUUACUUGAAGAGCCACGAUUUUGUUUUUCCGUGAAGUUUUCUGCUGCGGCUGAGCGCCGAUGAAGCGUGACCCUUGGAGAAUGGGUGCACGCAGAGAAAAAGAAGUACCGUGAGACAUUCGUGGUACUCAGUCUCGUAUCCCGAAACCUUAAAAGCCAUGACAACCUCGCCGUACCACCCAAGAGGAAGCAGAACGCGGUAGACCGAACCCGGUAGCGUGGCGACUCCCCGCCCCGUCUACUUCUGAUGAAAUGAAGCGGCCGCUUCCUGCAGGGGAAACCUCGAACCCACCUGCGGUCGGAACCCCGAACCACGACGAGCCCGGUACCGGUCACGCGGUCUAGAGCGGGAUCACGCGGCUGUGAUCCGAAGGCCCGCCCGGGAACGUGCCCCUUCCGGCAGCGGCGGCCGAGCCGUCGCCCAACAGGAGGGUUGACCGACGCCUGUCAGCGGUCCUAGAGAGAGACGGGCGGCCCCGGCCUACCCCGGGGAAAGCGGCAGAAGCGGAGCUUGGCCGCUCUCUCCGUGGAAAUGGGUGCUCCUACUGGUUGGCCCAGAGCCAGGUUUCCUAAGCGCCCCUGCCCCCGGGGGGAAGAGAGAGCCGUUCGACUUGGCCGUCGCUUCCAGGGGGAACGGGGCGGGGAUCCGGAUUAGCCCGCGCCCGGGGCCCAGCUCCCCUGCCCCGAAUCCCCCGGGCGGGUUCGGACCCAGGCAGGACUGAAAAAGCCUGUGAUCUUGUCAGGAUUCACCAACGGGCCAGGGCCCUGAGCACAGAAGACGCCGAAGUUGCUCUGUUUGGGAUCUCUGAAAUGGCCGGAGCAGCCGUUCUCGGUGGAAACAAAGAUGCCUCUCUCGGGCUCGUUGGUCGCUUGCCUAAAGAGAUCGUUUUGCUCCCGUUCCGAUCUUUCCCUUUUGCACUGGGGGAGCACCCUUUGGCUCCGGUCUCCCAUCUCCCGCCCGUCAGGUGGGCAUUUGGCCAGCCACGCAGUUCUUUUGGGAUAAGGCAAGGCCUGAGGCACUACCUGGCUUUAGUCGGCAUCCCCCAGGUCGACCGGCCCAACGUCUGACCGCUUUCGGUUCCGUCCUUGACUGUCACAGAGACGUUACCCGCGUGAUCGAGCCAUGGGACGCAUCCUUCCUCGAAGUUCCUUUUCCGAAAGAAGCGAAGAGGUCCUUAUUUCUCAGGAACACCGCCGAUCUAUUUCGAACUGGCCCCAGAUGCACAGAGCUAGGACGGGCUUACGGAUGUUUGACCGCAGCGGCGUGAACCGGAAGAGAAUCGGUCGCUCUCCCGUUACCGAGAAGCAGCACGGCGUAGCGGAUAGAGCACGGGCCUGGUCAGAAGGUCGAGGAUUCUAAUCCUGGCUCUGCCACGUGUCUGUGUGACUUUGGGAAAGUCACUUGGCUUCUGUGUGCCUCGGUUACCUCAUCUGUAAAAUGGAGAUUGAGACUGUGAGUCCCACGUGGGACGGGGACUACGUCCAACCCGAUUUCCUAGUAUCCGCCCCAGCGCUUAGUACAGUGCUUGGCACAUAGUAAGCGCUUGUCAUGGGUUUGAGUCCCGGCUCUGCCACUUGUCAGCUGUGUGACUGUAGGCAGUCGCUUCACUUCUCUGUGCCUCAGUUACCUCAUCUGUAAAAUGGGGAUUAACUUUGAGCCUCACGUGGGGCAACCUCAUGACCCUGUAUCCACCCCAGCGCUUAGAACAGUGCUCUGCGCAUACUAAGCGCUUAACAAAUACCAACAUUAUUAUUAUUAUUAUUAACAAAUAUCACAAUUGUUAUUAUUAAGAUCCUUUUGGGGGGAGUUUUUGUGCGAUUUUUUUUUUGGAUCUGAAAAGGGGGCGAUUUAUAAAUAAGGCUCAUCACAUCCUUCGAGGUCGUGGGUCAGCGAUUCCGAAAGAUCCUUGUAUUGCUGAAAUCUGCCGUGGUUGUGAGUUUGUGGGUUCCCGAGCAUGUCUGUUCAAAGAGUCCCUAAAUGCUCAUUUUUAAAGGACACUGAGAUCACUCUCUCUUCCCUAGAAAUUCUGACAGCAGCUGUAGCAUUUUACGGGGUGGUAGUAAGUCUUUGAGCCAACUUUUGAACAAGUGCAAUAAUUACGAUAAAGGUGCUGCGAUCCGGGGGUCUUCCGCUGCCUCUUCCCUUGGAUCUGGGUUGGGAUCCUGAGCGGAUUUCAACCCCGGAGAAAGCGGACUGCACACUCUCCCUGAGGCCAUGCCACUUGCAGAGAGGCCGGGGAGAUCCCGAGAAAUUGUAACCUUCCCGUUUUGACUUUCCCAAAUGCCUACAGCUUGAGGGGUGUUUUGUCUUUUAAACUUAGAUCUACACGGUCAUGGCUUUUUUGCUUCCCUCAUUUGGAAAACGCGGCCUGAGUCAUUUCUUCAACACAUCAACUAAAUAAACUUUUUUUUUAAAGCU